AAGAGUAACUAGCACUGUCAUUUGUAUAGGAAAAAUAAAAUGUAAGAACAGACAACUGAGGGUCUUGUGACCACUGCUGACCACUUAACAUUAUAUUUCUAAAAUGACAGUAAAUCAAUGCCUAUUAUAAUUUUCAAAAGCACUUUGUUUGGCUGGUCUUUACCACAGUGCUGGCUUGUGUUGCUGCGUGGUUUUGUUCAUGCUUUUAAAUCCUAGACGUAUCAUAGUUGUCGGACAUCUACGGUUAUCCUGUGUUACAGAUUGCUCUCUAUAAAGCAAUCCGUGAAAGAACAGACACCACAGGUGUGCAAAUCUGAGUGUAGUGCAUAUAUGGAUUUAAAAACAAAAAAAUGGCAGUUUUUUUUUUUUUUUUUUUUUUUUUUAAAAAGUGCUUGUAGGUAUUUGAUGUGGCACAGUGUUUCCUCUGCCCAUAUCACUUACUGCUUUGUAUUUGUUUUUGUCUGUAGCCCAUCCAUAUCAGCUUUUCAGCCUUAAAACCCAAUCAGCUGGCAUGACAGCUCACAGUGAGAUUCGCUUCUUGAAGCGGCAUGAGGGUGAAUCUGUCGUUCUUCCCUGUGAGAUUGAACAGAGGUACCCAGCGCCCUGGGGAGUCUACCUGAAACGCACCUGGCUGAAUCAUAAAGAAGUGCUGUUCAAACACACCAAGGAAGACUUUACAGUUGACAAUUCUGCUGACAAAAGCCGCAUUAGUGUCAGUGGAGACCCGAGCCUUCAUUCUCUGAAUAUCACCAUCUCUCAGCUGAACACCAGCGACACAGACCGCUACUACUGUGAGUUUGUUGUGGAAAAUCCUUCCUCUGCAGAUGAAAAGAUACCAUCAAAGACGGAAUUCUUCCUCCUUGUUGGUGCUGAUGUCCCUGAGUCAGUGGAUACUUAUCCAGAGUACGUGAUAGAGAGAUGUGCUGGGGGUUCAGCGGUACUCCCCUGCCUCCCCCAACGUGGGGAAGGCUUGGUCGUGGAGGGGGUGAUUCUAAAGAGGCAGAAGGGUCGGGGACCUGUAGAGCUGCUGUACAACUCAAAGCAGCACCACAGCGGCAGCCGUUCUUCCUCCUCCUCUCAGUUCCCUGUUGAGAGGGUCCAGUUGUCCUCUGCGCCCGGCCCCGGCGGCAUCACCUACAACCUCACCCUGCAGCAGCUGCAGCCAGAAGACAGUGCUUUGUACAGCUGCCAGCUGCUUCUGCACGGUCAACCCGAUAGCAGUACCAGCCUAGGGAGACGUGUAUUCUUUAUUUCUGUACAAGGUGGUCAUUGGUGCGGUUGCUCCAGUUACUCCUCUCUGCUGUACGUUUUGUCAUCAGCUGUGGGCGUUCUCCUCCUCCUCCUGCUCCUCACUGGAUGUGUGUUAUGUAAAGGCAAAGCACGCCACAAUGCGAAGUCACAUAGUCCGGCCCCUAUCUACGAGGAGAUGAAGUCUCCCAGUCAAAAAGAGGCCCCUCUCCGUCUGAAGGACAUGGGGUGCUCCGAGUACAGAGACAGCCCAGUGAAGAGAUCCUCGUCAGAGAACCACUAUGAAACUCCAAGAGCAGCUCUCAACAGCAUCAGAACCUAGAGCGACUUGUCAACUCAGCUUUUCAAGACACUCGCAACUCCAGUUAACACACAGAAGAAAAUGUUGCAGUUGGACAUUUGUGCCUGAACUUGGGUGGUGGGGGUCAGUUCACUUUCUGGUUUGGCGUAAAUAUUUUUCUGGCUAUGUGCAUCCUUUGUAAUAUUUUAUUGAUCUGCUAUAAUAA